AUGAUGAAACAAGCCCCUUCAGAAUCAUCAGCGUCAUCAAGGAGACAGACAAUAAGGAGAUUUGACAUCAAAACAACAUCUCGUGGAUUGUUUGGCAGAGAAAAUGAGGUCUUGACCUUGCGUUCGUGCUAUGAACGCAUGAUGAGCGCUCACAAUGACCAGUCGGAUGGUGUCACCUUGGAUUAUUAUGCAAAACUCGCAGCUGACAGUUUUGUCACUUCUACCGUUCCUAAGGAAUUGGUCUAUAUCAUAGGCACGUCUGGCGUUGGGAAAUCUAGCCUUGCGUUCAGCAUCAAAGGCGAUGUUGAAGCGUCUGAAAAUGGUCUUUUUGUGGAAGGCAAGUUCGAUCUACUGCAAAGCAACGAGCCAUACACUGGGAUCGCCAAGGCUUUUGGAAUGAUAUGCCUCGAGCUGCUGUCUUCUUCCAAAGAAUCGGUUAUCUCGGUAGGCAAAAUGCUUGCUACUGAGCUACAAGAUGAAGUUCAGACGCUUCUUCCAUUGAUCCCAGAACUGAAGGCGAUUGUUGACGAACACACUUCAAAAGCGGCAUCGCGAUCUAAAGUAAGCAUUCAGAUGGGAAACAUUACCGAGCAUUGCCAAGAACGCUGGAAGCAUGCGUUCAGACUUUUAAGCCGGGCGCUGAAUGCAGCCUUCUCUCCGAUUGUACUCAUGCUGGAUGAUCUCCAAUGGGCGGACGAGUCAUCCUUGGAAGUGAUCGACUACCUUGUAUCAGAUUUGCAGAACCCAAAUCGACUGAUGAUCUUGGGCUGCUACAGGUCGGAAGAGGUCUUCGAUCGACGCAUCUUGUUGGAUAGCAUCAGCAAGCUCAAGGAAAAGCAAACUAAAUACGCCUUCAAGGUGACUGAGAUGAAGCUGAAUCCCUGUGAACUCGAUCAUGUGAACAAGCUAAUCAUGGCAUUGAUGACAAUCGAAGACGAAAAGCAAACGCAAGAUCUCGCAAAGAUAGUGUACAAACGAACCCUAGGCAAUCCAUUCUUUGUCUUGCAAUUCAUGUCACUAUUGGAGAGUGAAGCUUUGCUCAGAUACGACGAAUCUGGGACAAAAUGGUCGUGGGAUGUCAACGAAAUCAAGCAACGAACCAAUUUCAUUUCGGAUGUGGUGGAACUACUUCAAGGCCGAAUGAAGAAAUUGACAAAAGACAUUCAGUUGUUAUUGCAAUAUGCCGCUUGUCUAGGAACAUCCUUUAAAUUGUCUACUAUUGACAUCAUUUGGAAGGAGCACGGCACUAACAGGUCGGAUCUUUCGACCCUGAUAGAAGUGAUGCAGUACGAGCAGCUCAUUGAAGACCAUGGCGAGCAGGGUCAUAAGUGGAUUCACGACAAAGUUCAAGAGGCUGCCAUCUCGCUUUCGGAUAAAGUGAAUGAAUCGUUCAAGUUUCAGAUCGGCAGGACAUUAGUGUCAGCGCUGGACGAGGAUCAGCUGGAGGAAGAACUCUUUGACGUGGUCGAUCUCCUCAAUCAAGGCAACGUGGCAACCCGCCCCGAACUGGCAGCUUUGAACCUGCGAGCCGCCGAAAAGGCAAGGAGUAUUUCAGCAUUCAGAAGUGCUGUACAGUACACAGAGCAUGGCAUCUCAAUGCUGCCUCGUGAUUGUUGGACAUCUCAUCGGGAAAUGACCUUGAAUCUGUUUACGCUAGGCGCCGAAAUGGAGCUUGCCUUGGGGAAUAGUACAACUGCGGAGCGAUACUGCGACGCCGUUUUCCAACGAAAUGACUGCUCAGUCAUGGAGAAAUUUCCAGCUCGACUUGCUUUAAUCAAGAAAUUGUCAGGAGGCGAUGCUGAUAUGAAACGCAAAGGUAUGUACAUGUGUUUGGAGGCGUUGGAAGAGCUUGGGCAUCCCUUGGUAUGGAGAAAGGGGACGGUCCCGCUUCAAGCGGUCACUUCGUUGGUUCGUACCGUCAAGGCGACGAAGAAAUGGCUGGCGAAAAAGGACAAAGAUUCAUUGCCCGCAGAAAUGACGGAUCCAAGACAUCUCGCGAUUAUGCAGCUUCUCGUACGAAUUGGUUACAUUGCGUAUCACAUUGAACAAAUCUUCUUUCUUGUGAUUGCGAACUGUCAACUUGUGAAGAUGACCAUUUCCCAUGGGGAAUGCGACUGCUCGGCACUUGGAUUGAACAGUAUCGGAGGUUUGGCAUCGAUUAUAUUGAAACAUGAUUUCAGUUUUGCUGUGACAUGUGCUGAGACAGCUCUUAUGAUGCAGGAAAACUCAGAUUCUCAAUAUGAAGGACAGACAAUGUGGACUUGUUAUCUGUUCUGUCUUUGUUGGACCAAAAACUUGUCUGACUCGGUAAUAGCAUUGCAACGGGGCUAUAAGGUAUCUAUGCGGCACGGUGAUAUCGAGACAGCAAUGUGGAUACUAGCAUGCUACCAAGUUUGUAUUCCAUACAUAAUGGGACAGCCAUUAGGUAAACUCGUGCAGCAAUGCCCACAACUGGUUGUCCACAUCGAAGAAUAUCAAAAGGAGCAAGCUGUCUUUGUCAAGAUGUUCCAUCAAGGCUUUGUGAACUUACAAUCUGAGUCAAUUGAAGGAACGGAAGUGAAGGGAUCAGUAUUCAAUAGCGAAAAGGACCAAGUGAAUACGCCGUUGCUUCUCGGAAUCAAACAUUUUUUGGAAGGUGAUAUGAUCUUCUAUUCCAGUAUGGAGAUGGCUGCAGAGAGAGCUGUGCGAGAUGGCAACAAGUUUCAAAAGAUCCUUCCAGGCGUCUUUAUGGGCACGCAUGAAAUGUUUCAUCGAGGCGUCGCUUUGUAUGCAAUGGCUCGGAAACGCAAAAGUCGGAGGUACAAAUCAAGGGCCAUCACGAUUCGCAAGAGUGUCAAGCAGUGGAUCAAAGACGGAAUUCCCUACAUUGCGCAUUAUGAUUUGUUGUUGGAUGCCGAGCACGCGGCGUUGAGUCGAAAGAAGUAUAAUGAGGCAGACCAAUUGUAUGAGAAAGCGAUCGAGUCUGCCGUUCAGAUAGGUCACGUACAGCAUAGCGCUUUGUGCAGCGAGCGGUAUGCGGAUUUCUUGUUGCACUGUGGCUCUUCAAAUAGCACGAAUAAGGGUGCCAUGCAUCAGCUGUCGGAAUCGAUUCGCUAUUAUGAGGAGUGGGGUGCGAUGGGCAAAGCUUCUGAGCUGAGGCUGCUGAUAAAAUCUUGA